AUGCAAUCCGCGUUGAAUCUCCUCGGGGAGGUCUUUAGCCUUAUCGUCCUGAUAUCUGGUGCAAUGUGCUGGUACCUUACAAAUGUUGAGAGAGCACAAAUUCUCGAGGCUCAUCUGCAAGUACGAGAAAAUGUAAAACCUACUGCUUCAAAUAUGCAAAUAAUGCGGUAUUCACGAAAACUGGAGGAAUUAGCGGCUUAUUGGGCAGGUUGGUGCCAAUUUAAACAUCCAGAUCCCAAUUAUUAUCAUUCUUACCGCGGAAUUGGACAAAACAUUGCGCUUUAUUUUGGUCGCAAGCCACCUCUAACUGAAAGCGUUUGCGGUUGGGCAAGUGAAGUAAAACAUUACACAUAUUCGACUAACAAGUGUUCUCGCGUUUGUGGUCACUAUACUCAGAUAGUCUGGGCAAACACAAAUGAAUUGGGCUGUGCCAUGCGAGAAUGUUACGACGUUUUUCCUGGUUAUCAGAAUCCACAGUAUCUGAUUGUCUGUCAGUACAAACCCAUAGGCAAUUAUGCUAGACAACGGCCAUAUAUCUCUGGAGGGAUUUGCAAAGGAUGUAAUAGUACACAGUCCUGCCUUCGCAAUCAAUGCGCAAAACGUAAUAAUAGCCGAGUAUAUCCGCUGGAAGCGCUUAAAAAUCCCAAAUACAAAACUCUGCCAAAAUGUUUGAAUAUUACUUACUAA